UUUGCAUUUUAGGUCUACUUUUCUUUUUGAAACUCCUCCACUUCUUUCAAUCCUUCCAUCAUCUCCGACGAAGAGAGAGACCAUACAGUACCAUUUCGGUUUGUUACGAUAGUAGACCAUUGUUGCGCCAUCACAGCUACCUGUCACUCUCUCAACAAUGAAGAAGAGACCAGGUCAUGGCAAGAUGCACGGCGACGGCGUUGUGAGGAAGCGGGUGGCGGUGCAAUCAUGGCAGCUUUUUCUUCGUUUUCUAUUGGUGGUCUUCAUCUGGAUGCCCCUGUCGACUGGUUUGACCUAUGACAAUGACUUCAACGAUCCCCAGGAGGCACCAACUCGUCACACAAAAACCAAACGUCGAACACAUGUACCAAUGGAAGAUCUCGCCCUGGGAGGAAUGGAACCAGAAGAGGCAGCACAACAAGUACUAAGGCGCAUUGGCUCUGGCGUUGAAGGGCGCUUGACCAAGCUGUUUGAAAAAGCCACCACACCGGAAUGCCGUUCCAAGAUUGCGGAACACUUUGGUUAUUUUAUGAACGCCAUUGGAACUGAGCGAAGUCUUCCCUUUCAGGAUGUCACGUUUCGAAAUGAAUGUCCAUCGCCUCCUACGUACAACUAUGACAAUCCUGAUCCAGCACUCCAUUUGGGAAUGAUUCAAAACAAAACCUACAAACCUGACGAUGGAAUUUAUAAGCAACCAGAGGACUUGAGAUUCUGUUAUGCCAUCAUGACACAUGAACAUGCACAUGAAACAAUUCGCUUGAUGGAGGCUCUCCAUGAACCAGGACACGUCUUUAUUGUCCAUGUAGACGCCAAGGAAGCUAGUCAAGAGACACACUAUGAACUCAAACAAUAUGCUUCCUCGCGACCCCACAUUCACAUUUUGGAUCAUCCCAACAGAGUCAGUGUCAAUUGGGGUGGAUUCAGCAUGGUCAAUGCUACCUUGCAGAUGCUCCAUUACUCCUUUGAAAAGGAUUUGGAAUACGACAAAUUCAUCCAUCUGGCAUCCACCAACUACCCACUGGCAUCCAACGCCAAGAUUCGAGAGACCAUUGCUAACUACCCCAUCGAUGCCAAUCUGGUGCAUGUAGUUCUCAAGCCCAGCCGCCCCAAACUCGCAUCGUGGCACUAUUUCGUUGAAUGCGACGAUGCUGUGCAUCGAAUCUACCGACUACCACCUCUCAUCAAUGCCACUGCGGGAGUGGAGCUGUACACAUCCAGUCAAUGGUUCACAUUGAGUCGGGAGUUUGCACGGUACCUGGCAUACCCCAGACCCAACACGUUUGUCUACGAGUUUCUACAAUAUGCGCAGCACGUUGUGGUGGCGGAUGAGACGUUCUUUGGGACGGCCCUUCUCCACUCUCCCUAUUGUGACAAGCAUCACAAUUGGAACUUUGUCCACUUGCAAUUCGAUCAGUGGGAAAACCAAGUGGCAUUGGAAGAGCGAGACCCCAAAAAGUGCAUCAUGCCCGACCCGAAUCACUGUGGGCGGUCCCCCACUACCAUCACGAUGGACUAUGUGGAUCUAUUGACACUCUCGGAUGAUUUAUUUGCGCGCAAGUUUGCGGACAAUCCCGAUGUGAAAGAUGUCUUGGAUCGGCACCGAUUAGAACAGCAACAACUGUACAAUGACAACAGCACGGCCAAAGCGGUGCCAAGCAGGGUGAAUACAACUUUUGAAGGUCAGGGGGUUUUGAUUGUGGCCAAAGACACCGUAUCCAGUGACACGCCCCUCUGCGUGGGACUGGGGCCCACGGGAAAUUAUGCAAAGCUGGUGCCAUGUUUCUAUGAGGGUAUUCCGCCAUCGUUGGCGGAGGGAUGGGAGACGGGAGCUGUCAUUGUCGAAGAGACUCCGAUGCACAAUCGAUGGCGGCUAGGACCCUGUACCCCCGAUGGCAACUUGGAACGUCAGUUCUCUGCCGAGAUGAAAAUGACACCAGGAGACUACAGUCCAACAGGUCCACGCUGCACGUUGACUCAAGUGGAUGGUAUUCGAGAAGGCAGAUGCCUGGACGCCCAUUCCAACGACAUUGAACCUGGCGGCAAGGCCAGAGUCUUUCCUUGUGUCAAACGAUGGCCUCAGUUCUACUCGUUUGGAAAUGGCGCGCUGGCGCCCCAAAAUAGCAUGCACACAAACGUGCCCAAGCACAUUGUGGAUCGGAUACGACAAUCACGGCCGGAUGAACCACCGCAGGAAGCAUACCUGUGCUUGGGUGUGCUGGGAAGGGGUGACAAGGAUGAAGAACACUUGUAUGUAGUAGAGACAGACGACGAAAAUGCGCCAGAUGAAGAGAUCGUGGUGAAGGAAUACGAUGACGAGGAAUUUGGCAGUGACGGCUUUCUCAAGUUGGAUCACUUUCGAGGCGAGGAAAUCGUUGCAACUCGGUGCUCCAAUGUUGGGGCCGUGAUCGAAUGGUUGUUUGUGCCCUACAUUCUCGAAGAUGACCCGGACGUGGAGCAAGCCACAACCGUAGACCUCGCCGGUGAAUCAAGCAAUAGUGAGGCCAAGGCAACCCAACCUUCACAACCAACCUGUGCAUCAGAGUCGUGCGGCGAACCAGACCUAAAGUCGGAGCAAUAGAAACUGUGUCAAUCAAGUGAAGCCUUGAAGCUUGGCCACGAGGCAAAUGGCCUCUGUUCAUCACUUCUCCAAGUACCAGACUAUCUUAGGGUUUGACUGUCAUCUUGUAUCCACUAGCAAGCUAGUACAUGUACCGUAGGCAACGCCGAGUGACUCUGUCAGCCACAAUACGCUAUACUAGUAUUCUGUCUGCUAACAUGCAAUUACUUAGGAGGUUAUAACUGAAACUAAGCCAAGUAGAACGCUCUUCCCUUCGUUGACUACUUUUUUGAACCGAAGGUAGCUCUACCAGAAAGAUGCAGAU